UUGCCUCUUAUUUUUUUCCUUCUUCGUGGCUCUUCCUCUUCUUCCUCUUCUGUCUCUUCUACAUCUUCUUCUCCAUUCAACUCUUGAGAAAUCGCCGUCCCCCACCGGCCAGCUUCUUCUCUCUGAAACAUUUGCUCUGAGAGACUUCUUCUCUUCUUCCUCAGGCGAUUGAUCGAUCGAGAACUGCGCGCCCGCCUCUGUUUGAUUCGGCGAACACCCCGAGGCCCGUGUACGGACGAAGGACGCGAAGCGAAACGGAUACAGACGAAGCAGCCUCUUGAUCCAGUACGAGAAGCUACGGCUUUCCUGAGUUCGCGAAUUUACAAACCUGCUCGCCAUGUCACAACGACUCAGUGCCGCUUCGGCGGGUACAAACGGCCAGGCCUCGAAAGAUGCGCCCUCGCAGAAUCAGCCAGCCAUUGACAAGCAAAAGAUGCUUCUUUCUGCAGACGUGGGCCACUUCUCGCUGGUGCGGGCCAUGCACCUCGCUGAUCUCAUUACUCUUAUGAACGGUUUUUGUGGUGUCAUGUCGAUUUUCUCCUCGCUACAGUCGUGCCUUGACGCAGCCAACAGAGACUCGCAUCUGUGGUGGGCGCUGGCCUUUUUGCCGUUUGGCCUAUUCUUUGACUUCUUUGACGGCAAGGUCGCUCGAUGGAGGAAGAAGAGCAGCCUCAUGGGACAGGAGCUGGACUCUCUCGCCGACUUGAUCUCGUUUGGUGUCGCUCCCGCCAUGGUGGCUUUUUCACUUGGUCUUCGAACCCGCGCCGAUACCGUCGGCCUAACCUUCUUUGUCCUGUGCGGCCUGACCCGACUUGCCCGGUUCAACGUGACCGUUGCGGUUUUGCCCAAGGAUGCCACUGGCAAGAGCAAAUACUUUGAGGGCACCCCCAUCCCGACGUCGCUGGGCUUGGAUGCCAUCAUGGCCUACUGGCUGCAGCAGGGUUGGAUCCUCAACAACAUCCCCUUUGGCACCGUGUUUGAGGGCACGGCGCUCGAGUUCCACCCCGCCGUGCUUUUGUUCAUGAUUCACGGCUGCAUGAUGACCAGCAAGACGAUACGCAUUCCGAAGCCCUAAACCUGCGACUGAACCAGUCGCAAAUUUUCAUUCAUUUUCCACCACUCGGUGUCGCUGGAUAUUCGGCUGUGACAAACUGGGCUAGAGGGUCAAUGGUCUGUAUGGUUCACGAUCAAUGAGGAAUGGCGCAUACGAGAUUGCUCUAUCAUGUUAGGUUGUGUAGCUGGUCGGCAAGCGCCUCCAAAUACUGAAGAGUAUCAUGGUUGAAGGGCGGUGGUUUUAUAUAAUGGAUAGCUACUCUCCUCUACGCAGGGAGAAUUGACCGUUGAAGGAUGAGGGGAUAUAG